GCCUCAGUUUCUCCCUUGCCACCGCCAUCGUCGAGUUAUCCUUCGUCGCAGCCAAGCCUAUUCGCCGGCAUCACGCUCUCAACUCCCACCUCAGUGGCUCACUCCUCACCUGGGAAACAAAGCAGGACAAACAAAACCAGAAACCUGCCUAGAACUUUGGACCACACCAUUCUUUCUUGCUGAGUUGUUGUCGCCGCUGCAAAGACUUUAUAUCAGUUUGGUGCAGUAAUGGGAAAGUUGUACAAGAAAAAAAAACAAGCUGAUGGACACGGUCCUUCAAAAGAACAUACCGAUACGGCAGAUCAAGAAAUGGAUAUAAGGAAGAUUAUGAAAGACGUUGAAAAUUUCAGCUACUCACAUAUGACAUGGAAGGAACGCAAAAAGAUUGAAAAUAGGAAGGUCGUUUCUCUUGGUGGGAAGCCCCCCAGGAAUCAGAGAUUACCUUUAAGUGUGGCACGACCAAUGAUGAAGAAACAAAAGGAGAGGGAGCAGAAAAUGGUCCAAGAGCGUUUGAUUCUUGGACAAUUUGGGGGAAAGCUUGGUGGUAGCAGUAAAAGAUCAAUUGGGAAGCACAAGCCUGAGAACAGGGGUCUGAAAUCAAGUGAAGGUCGGUUUAGAAAUGGCAUUCUCGAUGUGAAGCAUUUGUUAAAUUCGGUACCAUCAAGAGAUCAUGACACUGGAGCCAAUAUGUUCAGUACAGGGAAAAAGAAAGGAGGUAAUAUGAAACACGGUAAAAAGGGUCCCGGUAAGAAGCACCAUUGAGUGCAUUUUUGUGGAAAAAGUGUGUUCGGCUAUGUUUGGAACGUUACUUCAAAAUUAGGAUCGGGAUGUGUACGGUAAGGGAUGAAAUUGAGGAAAAUAGAAUGAAAUGCAAUUUGUUACCAUUAUUAGGAUUUCUUAAAAUUAGGAGUGGGAUGUGUACCGUAAUAGAGUCUUUUCCAUCCAUCCCAUUCCAUUCAACACUCCCAUUUUCCCUAUCUAAUACCACUUGAGAGGAGUCAUUUAUCAAUGUAUAUGAUGGUUUAACAUGUUGAACCUUUAUAAAUCUAGUAUGACCCUUACAAUUUUCAACUGUCAUCUGAUGUAAACAUAUGUAAGUGUGACAAGUCUAUUUCUGAAGCCAUUUCGGCUAUUUUAAUGUUGCUAUCUUUCUCCCCGUUCCUUUUUCCGUUGUUAUGUAUUGUCUAUAGCUUUGAACCAUUUAAGGUCAAUAGUGUAA